AUGGGAAAUGGAAGUGGACAGGGAGGAGAUGAAAUGUUCAGCAUUUGUCUGUUGGACGUUGCUGAAUUUGGAUCUGGACUAUUUUUGAUGGAAUCCUCUGCCCCUACGCCCUGCCUCUGCCCCCCUGCCCCUGCCCCUUGCCCCCUCUGCCUCUGCCCCUGCCACUGCGACUGCCUGCCUCUUGCCCUGCCUCGCACCCUGCCCCUGCCCUGCCUCUGCCCCCUGCCUUCUACGCCCACUGCCCUGCCCCCUGCCCUGCCCCUGCGCCUCCCACUGCCCCUGCCCCGUGCCCCUGCCUCUGCCCCUGCCCCUGCCUGCUGCCCCGACUGCCCCGCCUCGUCCACUGCGCCCUGCCGCGCCCCUGCCUCUGCCUCUGCCCCUGCCUUGCCCUUGCCACUGCCCCUGCCUCCGCCCCCUGCCACGGCCCCUGCCUCUGCCCCCUGCCUCUGCCCACUGCCUUGCCCCUGCCUCUGCCUCUGCCUCUGCCCUCUGCCCCUGCCCCUGCCCUGCCCUCCUGCCUCUGCCACUGUCCCCUCCACUGCCCUGCCCCUGCCUCUGCCAACUGCCCCUGCCUCUGCCCCUGCCUCUCCCCUGCCUCUCCCCUGCCCCUGCCUCGGCCCCUGCCCUCCCCUGCCCAUGCCUCUGCAUACUGCCUCUGCCCCUGCCCUAGCCCCUGCUCCUGCCAUGCCUCUGCCCCUGCUCUGCCACUGCCCCAUGCCGCUGCCCUGCCUCUGCCCUGCCCCUCCUCUGCCCCAGCCCGGCCCCUGCCCUGCCCUGCCUCUGCCCCUGCCUCUGCCUCUGCCCCUGCCUCUGCCUCUGCCCCUGCCCUGCCACUGCCCUGCCCCUGCCUCUGCCCCAGCCCCGGCCCCCUCGCCCCUGCCCCUGCCACUGCCCCUGCCCGCACCCUGCUUCUCCCCUGCCUCUGCCCCUGCCCCUGCCCUUGCCUCUGCCCCUGGCCCCUGCCCAUGCCCUGCCCUGCCUCUCCGUAUGACCCGCCCCUCUGCCUCUGCCCCUGCCUGCUGCCCCUGCUCUCCCCGCCUCUCCUCUGCCCGGCCCCUGCCUCUGCCCUGCCUCUGCCUCUGCCCUGCCCUGGCCCCCGCCCCUGCCUGCUCCCCUGCCCUCUGCCCCUCCUCUGCCCCUGCCACUCGCCCCUGCCACGCCCCUGCCCCUCCCCCUGGCUUCUGCCCCUGCCCUGCCUCUCCCCUGCCCUGCCUCUGCCCCUGCCCCUGUCUCUGCCCCUGCCCCUGCUUCUGCCCCUGCCCCUGCCACUUGCCCUGCCCUGCCUCUCCCCUCCCCUGCCCCUGCACUGCCCCUGCCCCGCCUCUGACCCUGCCCCGGCCUCUGACCCUGACCCCUGCUCUGCCCCUGCCGUCUGCCCCUGCCUCUGCCCUGCCUUCGCUCUGCCCCUGCUCCAGCCCUCUGCCCCUGCCCGGCCCUGCCCCUGCCGUCUGCCCCUGCCCCUGCCCUCGCCCCUGCCACUUGCACUGGCCCCUGCCUCUGCCCUGCCUCUCCACUUGCCUCUGCCCCUGCCCCGCCCCUGCCCUGCCCCUGCUCUUGCCCCUGCCCUUGCUACUGCCCCUUGCCACUGCCAACUGCCCCUGCCCCUGCCUCUGCCACUGCCCACCUGCCUCUGCCUCUGCCCCUGCCCCUGCCUCUGCCCCUGCCCCUUGCCUCUGCCCCUGCCCCCUGCCCCUGCCUCUGCCCUCUGCCCACUGCCCCGGCCCUGCCUCUGCCCCUGCCUCUCCCACUGCCCCUGCCGCUGCCCCCUGCCCCCUGCCUCUGUCUCUGCCCUGCCCUUGCCACUGCCCCUGCUCUGCCUCUGCCGGCCAAUGCCCCUGCCCCUGCCUCGCCCCUGCCCCUGCCUCUGCCCCGCCUCAGCCUCUGCUCUGCCACUGCCCCCUGCCGCUGCCCCGCCUUGCCCCCGCCCCUGCCACUGCCCCGCCCCUGCCCUGCCCACUGCCCUGCCUCUGCCCGUUGCCACUGCGCCCUCCCCUGCCCUGCUCUUGCCCCUGCCCCCUGCCCCUGCCUCUGUCUCUGCCCCUGCCCUUAGCACUGCCCCUGCCUCUGCCUCCUGCACCCACUGCCCCCUGCCUCUGCCCCACGCCCCUGCCCCCUGCCCCUGCCUCUGCCUCUGCCCCUGCCUCUGCCCUUGCCCACUGCCCCUGCCUCCGCCCCUGCCCCACUGCCCCGCCCCUGCCUCUGCCCCUGCCUCUGCCCCUGCCACUGCCCCUAGCCCGCACUGCCCCUGCCCCUGCCACUGCCCUGCCGCUGCCUCUGCCACUGGCCCUGCCCCUCCCCCUGCCUCUGCCCCGGCCCCUGCCCCUGCCUCUGCCCGCUGCCCCUGCCCCUGCCCCUGCCCCUGCGACCCUGCCUCUGCCCCUGGCUCUGCCCCUGCCCCUGCCUCGCCCCUGGCCUCUGCCACUGCCCCUGCCUCUGUCCCUGCCCCUGCACCCUGCCUUUGCCCCUGCCUCUGCCCCCUGCCUCUGCCCCUGCCUCUCCCUGCCUCUGCCCUGCCCUCGCCCACUGCCCCGCCUCUGGUCCCUGCCCCUGCUCCCUGCCCCCUGCCCCUGCCCCUGCCUCUGCCCCUGCCCCUGCCUCUGCCUCUGCCUCUAGCUCUAAGCGAACGCUGCGCUCGAACGAGCUGCUGCUGCCCCCUAGCGGGCUGCUCGACACUGAGCUCGAGCUUAACUUCUCCUUGCAGUACCCACACUUCCUGAAGCGCGAGGGCAACAAGCUGCACGUGAUGCUGCAGCGCCGGAAGCGCUACAAGAACCGCACCAUCCUGGGCUACAAGACGCUCGCCGAGGGCGUCAUCAACAUGUCCCAGGUGCUGCAGCGCCAGAUGGACCUGGAGCUGGACCUGUGCUCGGAGGCCAAGGAGAAGCUGCCGUCGGGGCUGAGCAGCAACGUGGUGGGGCGCGUGUCGGUGCAGGCGCUCAACUCGCAGCCCGUGGACCACGAGCCAGACGCCGCCGCCGCCAACAAGAGCCUCGAGGCCUCCGAUCGCGUGGCGGACUUCUCUGACGACGAGGAGGAGUUCAGCAGCAACGAGGACGGCGAGGGCGAGGGCUCCGACUCGGAGCCGAUGCCCGAGGACGCGAUGGGGAGGCGCGCGCGGAAGGCGGCGCGUGGCAAGAUCCCGGCCAACGCCAGGCAACGCAACCUCAAGCAGAAGUUCAUUGCCCUGCUCAAGAGGUUCCGCGUCAGCGAGGACCUGCAGGGGCUCGACAACGAUCAGGAGGAGAUUGGCCAGAAGCUCUCGGGGGGAGACAUGGAUCCCACAGAAAUUGAAGACCUCUUUGAAGAGCUUGAGGACCUAAGCGACUCUGGCCCUGAGCUGGACACCAUGAGCAUCUCGUCCACUCCAAAGCCUUCGCUGAGACCCUUCUUUGCCAGCAGCAGGUCCCUUCUGCAAGAAACACUCAAUGUGCCAGGCGGCCCCCAAGCGUAUUCUCGCAUCCGGACGCAGGAGCCAGUCAACAAUGGCGCAGAGAAAGGACAAGAUCGCCUGAGCGAUGAAAGUUCAAAGAAAGCUGAUUCGGAUUCACAUCCAGAAACUUGGACUGACCAUGAACAUAGUGAUCCCCAGCAAGCAGCUGGAUCUCCUCCGAAAAACUCAGAGGAAAAAAACAAAGAUGGAGGGGAACGUGAACGUAAAAGUCGUCUUUUCCAAAGGGAUCGAAAUCCAUCUGCUGGAAAGAACAAGAAGCAAGCUGAGAAGACCCUGAGUUUGGAGCAGAAGUCAAUUGCUACAACUCCUAGUCCCAUUCAGGGUGGUGAUUCAGUUCUUUCUGAACCACGGAAAGCCCUGCUGGAACAGCUGGCACGAGUGCUGCCUCCUGAUGACCCUGGUCUGCCUGAUCACGUCACAUUGGUGAGUGGAGCUGAUCCGGCUGGGGGGCUGUUAGCUGCUCGACUGCAAGACAGAGGGGCUGCCACUGGUCAGCACAAAGUUGUGAGCACCUUGGGGCCAGCUGAUGUGCGUGCCACUGUAACUUGCCUUGUGGCCAAGAUUCAGAAAUUCUGUAAUACCAAUGCUAAACCACCACCUGCCAUGAAAGUUCUUUUGGCAGGUUCUGAUAGUUUUGUUAAUGCUGUCCUUAGGCAUUAUGUAGAACAAUUUUCAAUGAAGCCACCUGAUUGGCAGUCUUAUAUAAAGUUCCUUAUUGUUCCUCUUGGUUCGAAUUCCUUGGCUCGAUAUUUGGGCACUCUAGAUAGUGUUUAUGCACAAGCUUUUGCUGCUGAUAGUUGGAAGGAAUUGCUAGAGAGAGCUGAAGUCCAAAAAACAGACUGUCAGGAAAUGGUUAACAGGGUGCAUAGAUACCUCCAUGCUGCCUCCGCAACCAUCCAGUUACCAGUGGCUGAGGCCAUGGUUACAUACAAAGAAAAGAGUUCUGAUGAUGAGUCUUCCCAAAUAUUUAUUCCAUUUGUGAAUGAUGUUCGGCUUGGAUCUCCAGAUGGGUCAGCGUCUGCAUCAGUUGAUUUAGAUGAAUCAUUAAAUGUGCCAUUGCUGUCAGGAUCUCCUCCUUCUCUCAUCUCUGUUCCUGAGAAGAAAGAGAGGAUUACCCCUCCUAGUUCACCUAAUAUCAAUAGUCUUUACAUUAGCCAAAACAAAGAGCAAGCUCUUGCUGAACCCCUCGAACUUCAAUUGGAUUAUUGGCUGGUGCCUGGAAAAGGAGGAGAUGCUCCAGGCACUGGAAGCAAGACUGGCAAGACCGAUUCCUCAAAGUCUACUCUUAAAACAACGUUCCGAGCUCUUCAGGUACAGCGUCUUCCAUUACCUGGGGAGACUCCUACUCAACACUUCCUCAUGAGUUACUCCACAAAAGAAAAGAAACAGAAGAUUAUGCGGUUAGGAAAGAAGAAAGAGAAAGAAAAGGAAACCGAACCCAAAAGCCAAGUUGUGGAGGGUGUGUCCAGACUGAUUUGCUCAGCAAAGACCCAAAACAUUCCUCUGAAAGGACUUGCAAGAGUGCAGGGUGUGGGCUCUGUUGCAGUGUGGAUCGAUGGCACUGAGUGGUCAGGAGUGAAGUUCUUCCAGCUGUCAGCACAGUGGCAGACGCACAUCAAGCACUUUCCAGUUAGCCUCUUCAACUUCCCAGAGGGCGGGAUGUAACAGUUCCAGGCUGCGACUCGCUUUGGUUCCUGUAUUGAUCAUCUGCACUGAGGCAGCCAUCAGGUCUUCCAGGAGAGAGUGUGCAGUCACGUGCACCCCGCAUGGACCCUGCUUCACAUUCCAGUGGACUCAAUUUAUGCUUAAUCCAGCAUUUCCCUUCCUCUCUCCUCAGUAAGUUGUCCUCUAUUAACUUAUUAAUCUCAAUAUCUCAAAAGUUUACUGUCAUGGCAAACUUGCAAAUGUUCAAUGCAAAUUAUGCCAUCAAGUGCUAAUUUUUGUUGUGUCUUUACAUUGUUAUGAGUGUGAUAUCUCUUUCAUAUCUAGAUACCCGAGAGCUGCUUAUUGAAAAUAUUUCAUCACAGUAUUAUAGUUCUUGCAAAUCAAUUUCUUUAAUUUAUUUGCUCAAGUGUUUCGAAAAUUCAAUCAUAGGUUGCACACAUCUCUUUUCUAUGGAAUGUCUGUCCUUAGCAAAUAUUACGUAAGAUGUGAUUGGUUGCAGUGUAGGUAUUCUGUUGCAAUAUGUGGAUGAAAAUGUAAGAUCUCACAAACUUGCUUGGUUUCCAUUUUCCCUUUAAUAAUAUGAAAAUAAUGAUAACGAAGCUUUUGAAUGUAUCCUAGUCAUGUAUUCAAAAUUAAUGUGAUUGUGAUUCAGAUUUCUUUCAUUUAGCUAUUUUACAGUAAAGAUGAGAAUUUGUUUGCUUUUGAUUAAUACAUAUUUGUAGAAACAAAGAAAAGUUAGUUAUGGCAACAAAGCAAUAAUUUCUUUGAAUAAAACAAAAAACAAAACCAGCUGCUGAACAAGAAAUUGAAACUGUAGUUCUUGAAAAACAUUACAGGUAUAGGUAGCUGAGGGUUAACUGUACAUCUUUGGCAAAAUAGAUUUUGAGCAGAUCUUAAUGCAAAGGGUUUGCUUUGAAACUUAAAUUAUCAAGAAUUGAGCAAGACUAAUUCAAGUAUCUUUCAAAUUAUAUUAUUAAAAACUGCAGACGCUAGCUGUUUGUGAAACUUUUGGAAUUGAAGUAGAUAAAAGAACAAUCGUAAAAAUAUUAUAUUAAAAAGGAUAUUGUUUUUACAAUCAGACUGAUAGAUAAGCAUUUGCUUUUGAGCUAGUUUUCAGGAAGAGAAAAAUAAAAUUUAAAUUUAUUGUUCUUAUUAGAGCACAUAAUUAUUAGGUAUUAACAAAAUAAAUGUUUUGUUUAUGUACUUUUCAUAAUUGUGAUACUAAUAUUCUUGCAUUAUUAAUGUGACAAAUUGCAUGAAAAUGGCUGUGUAGAACAUAUGUUGACAGUAUUCUUUUUUGCGUAAUGAAAGAAUUUAAACCUUGGAAAACUGGCCCAGUUUAUUUUUUGAAGCAAAUAAUGUUAAGCUCAUUUUUCACAGAAUUUAAAAAAAAUAUAUAUGAUAAUGGGCUUUCGCAAUUUUUAUCAGAAGUUUUGCAAAAGAUGGGACUGCAAUUGAGUCUCCUCUAUUGUAUGAUCAAGUGGACCUCCCCAUUUAGAAGUGCAUGGACAAUACAUUGCUUGCUAUUAUUCAAUGGAAAUGAAACUUUAAAAAAACGCAGUAGGCAGUGAUAGCAGUUGUUAGCAGAUGAGUUUGUAGAAUCUUUUUUUUUUUUUUUGGAUAGUUGGUCACAAUGUGCUCACAGAGACAUUUGUGAUUUGUGUACAUAUGUUGGACAAAUAAUAAACAUGAAGGGCAAACCUUUAUAUUAUUUUAUACCAUAUAUUAUACAGAAAAAUAAUAUGUAAUUAGUAGAUCAUAGAAAGUGAAUGUUUGUCUGCACUCACUAUUUUAAGGUAUGGGACAAUGCCCAUUGUAAAACGUAAGACUUAUUAGUCUUUAUUAUAAAUACUACGUAAAUGUAUUAUUUAAUGUUUCCUUGUUCAUCUAUGUAAUGCAACUUUCUUCUUUGAUAUUUCUAAAAUUUAGAGCUUAACUAGUUAUUAUUGCAAGCAAAAGAUGAAUCUGAGAGGAAAUGAAGAUCAUUUCAAAGUUGGUUACUUUUGUGUAGCAGGGGGGAGAUCAAGAGCAGAAGAACAAAAACCAACCAGUUUUAACUAGCAAAGUAGAAGGAAUUCACUAAUGUGUAAUACAUUCUUAUGAAUUUAACAAUAAUGGUGAAAAUAUGUUGUCACACUUCUUUGAAAUUUGUGUUACAUAUAAUGUAUCAGUACCAAAGCUCAUUGAUUAUAAUAAUUUCUGCUCUUGCUGAUACCUUUCCUCAGAAAAGCCAAAGACAAUUGUUGUACCCUUCACUUCAGCAAAAUGUUUGGCAGAAGUGCAGUGUUGUAUUGUGAUUUUUGGAAGUUCUUAAGAACUGUUCAAUACUCAAAGUAAAAUAAAUGCUCUUGAAUUCGUGUAGAAUUAUUGUUGUAACUUUAAUGGUAAUUGUUUAUACAUGUCAUCAUUGUAAAAUAUGCUGCCUUUUUUUAAAUGCGUAAAAAGAACCAGCCAUUCCAGAAGAGAU